AUGAAAUCGCUGGGCGAACAAUUUGUCUGGUGCGUGCUGCCCACCUGCCUCCUUUGGAUCUUCAACCAACUGGCGCUCAGUCAGGCUUAUCUGCGCAGCGUACGCAUCGAGGAGAUACCAUUUAGUCUGGCAGAUAGCGCCGACGAAACGCUUCAAAAGGAAGGCCGCUUAUUUGGACCGAGCAUAGAGACAGAAGAGCGAGGCAUACUAGCGAAAUCUGGUCUAGAACAGCGGCGCGGCUUCUUCCAUCUCUUCAAUAUUCCAUAUAUAGUUUGCUUCUUUGCCGCCAAAGGCAAAUGGCCCUUUAUACCGACCUUCAUGCAAGGACGUGUCGAUGCGACGGCCAGGACAUUCUUCAAACAAAACGAUAGCGCCAUAAAGCAGUUUUGCCAAAAGUGGAUACAAAUAAAGCAGUGCUUCAGACCACUUUUCGCAACAACAAGCCCCAGCGAUGUUGAGCAGCUUGAUCCGCUACGCUCCACGCCUUGUACUUGCGCCAACGAACCGAUUGUUUACUUCGAUCGAGAUCACAUUGGCAAUGUAAGCCGUGAAACGAUCCUCAGUACUAUUGAGUUUCUAGAAACUUUUCUGGUUCCACCAGUGUCGCCCACGAAAAAGUCGAAGAAGAAAAAUCGCGUACGCAGUCGCGUGGAUGAAAUAGAUAUUGAAUGA